AUGAGAAAAAGAUUAGGUGCAAUACAUUCAGAUUCAACUGAAGAAUACAUUCAAUUAGCAUAAACUGCUUGGAACAAAGAUCUUUUUUAUUAUGAGGGUAAUUCUAAGAAACAAACAUAAAACAUAGGGAACUUUGAUUUUGAUGAGAGGGAAACAAAUGUAUUAAUAUAAUCUAAUAAUAUAGAAUACAGAAAUAGAAGAGGAAAUAUAGGCAUAGAUAUAAUAGAUGGAAGCAUAAAAUGUUAAAAUACUUGUAAUGAAUAUUGAGAAUGAAGCCUAAUAUAUCUUUGAUUAUUGUGGUUAAGAAUAUCAUCAAAAGAAGGAUUUUGAUUAUAUUUCAAAGAUUGAAAUCAAUAAAAACAAAUAAAUCACUUACCAUUUUUGGAUGAACAAUCUAAACUCAACUAAAUUCACUGAUAUUAUUGAUGGUAAAAUUUAUAAAUUUAUUUUUUUUAGUAUAUGUAAAAAAUUGUGAUGUAGUGAUAUAUGUUUACAAUAAAUUAAUGGAAGAACAUUAUCAAGAAUUUGUCUAAAAGAUAUCCAAAAUAAAUAAUAAGAACUUUAUUAUUUACAAAGUUAAGAAUAUUAUGAAUAGAACUCAAGUAUUUUUUAUUAUAAAUUUUAUAGAGUUAUAACACAUUAAAUGAUUAGAAUAAAGAGAAUGUUAUUUCUGUUAAAAGCUUAUAAGAAGCCAUCUCUAAAACUAUUAACUAAUAUAUUUGA